UGCUGAGGAGGCGGGACCGGGGACGGCGGCAGACCGGUUGCUGGGUUUCAGCGAGGGCCAAGCCUGGCGGUGGGAGGUGAGAGGAGGUGAGAAUGGUAGUGGAACGACGUACUGGAGACCUUAUGGUGCCCUUGGGGCCCCAGCUGCAGGCAUAUCCUGAGGAACUCAUUCGGCAGAGGCCUGGACAUGAUGGGCAUCCUGAAUACCUGAUUCGAUGGAGUGUCUUGAAGUGUGGGGAAGUGGGCAGAGCGAGUGUGGAGGAAGGCAGGGCAGAGCACCUCCUCAUGUGGCUGUCAGCCCCAGAGGUCUAUGCCAACUGCCCUAUGCUGUUGGGUGAACGGACACUAUCCAAGGGACCUCAGUAUGAACCAGCUGGGGCUUCAGGAAGCUUUCCCAGAGACCCAGGAAGCCUGGAUGAAGUGGCAAUGGAAGAGAUGGAGACUGAUGUGCGGGCACUGGUACGCAGGGCUGCCAGGCAGCUGGCAGAAGGUGGGACUUCCAGCCUUACAGCUGCUGUGCUCCAUACCAUUCAUGUACUCAGUGCCUAUGCCAGCAUUGGGCCCCUCACGGGGGUUUUCAGGGAGACGGGAGCCCUGGACCUUCUCAUGCACAUGCUGUGUAAUCCUGAGCCUCAGAUCCGUCGGAGUGCAGGCAAGAUGUUGCAGGCUCUGGCAGCCCAUGAUGCUGGGAGUCGGGCUCACGUCCUUCUGUCACUGAGCCAGCAAGAUGGCAUCGAGCAACACAUGGAUUUUGACAGCCGCUACACUCUGCUGGAGUUAUUUGCAGAGACCACAUCUUCUGAAGAACACUGCAUGGCCUUUGAGGGCAUGCAUCUGCCUCAGAUUCCAGGAAAGCUGCUCUUCUCCCUGGUGAAGCGCUACCUGUGUGUCACUUCCCUGCUGGAUCAGUUGAAUAACAGUCCAGAAGCAGGAGCCGGAGACCAGAGCUCCUCGUGUCCCUCAAAGGAGAAAAGCCGGGCACAGCGGGAGCUAGAGUUCAGUAUGGCAGUGGGCAACCUCAUUUCAGAGCUGGUGCGGAGCAUGGGCUGGGCUCGGAACCUUAGCGACCAAGGCACAUUACCACCCCGGCCACCCAGGUCUAUCUUCCAGCCCUGCAUUUCAGGGGCCCCCCUUUUACUGCCUACCAUUGUCACUACCCCCAGAAGGCAAGGGAGAGCCUUCCGCCAGCGCUCUGAAUUUUCUAGCCGGAGUGGCUAUGGUGAGUAUGUGCAGCAGACAUUGCAGCCAGGGAUGCGAGUGCGGAUCCUGGAUGAUUACGAGGAGAUCAAUGCAGGGGAUGAGGGCGAGUUCCGGCAGAGCAACAAUGGCGUUCCCCCCGUGCAGGUCUUCUGGCAGUCCACAGGCCGCACAUACUGGGUGCACUGGCACAUGCUGGAGAUCCUGGGCCCUGAGGAAGCUACUGGGGAUUCCACUUUGUCUGCUGUGGAGAAGGGGGCAGGGGCUACUGCGGUGGGUGCAGGUGCCGAUGCCCCAGUGCCUACAUCCUCGACCUUUCCCGCCUGGGACUGGAAGCCUGCAGACGGCCUCUACUCUUUGCCAUACCUCCAGCCUGAGCCUCAGAAGAAUGAGGAAUCCGGUUUCUUGACUAAGGCUGAGUGGUGGGAACUACUUUUCUUCAUCAAGAAGUUGGAUUUAUGUGAACAGCAGCCAAUAUUCCAGAAUCUUCGGGAGAAACUGGAUAAGGCCCUGAGUGAAAAGGCCCUAGGUGAGCUCUCCGUGCCCAUAGAGAUGGCUGAGGGUCUGCUGCAGGUUCUCAGUAAUCGGUUUGAGGGCAGCACCCUCUGUGACCUGCUCAACUCUCAGAUCUACACCAAGUAUGGGCUGCUACCUGAUGAACUAAGUAACUUGUCUUCACGAAGUCACUCCUGUACCCCAGAUCCAGAAGAGGAGUCCAAAUCAGCAGCCAAAUCCUUGGAGGAAGAGACUGAGUCCCCCAAGGCAAAGCCUGAGCCCCCUAAGGCAGAGGCAGAGCCUGCCAAGGCAAAGUCUGAGUCCCCUAUGGCCCAGAGUGACUCACAUCUGUUUAACCAGCUUCUGGUGACUGAGGGGAUGGCUCUGUCCCCUGAAACCAAGGAGGAAGCCAGUGAAAUGGCUAGAGCCUUGCGGGGGCCUGGUCCACGCAGCUCCCUGGAUCAGCGUGUGGCAGCAGUUGUGGCCACCGUGCACAUAUCCUGCCCAGACACAGAUCUGCAACUUUCAGGGCUCUCUGCCCUCUCUCAGGCUGUGGAGGAACUGACAGAGCAGGAUCACCCACUGGUUCGCCCUGACAGGUGGUUGAGAGAAAAGCUAGUGAAGACACUGGUGGAGCUGCUGACCAAUCAGAUGGGAGAGAAGAUGGUCGUGGUCCUAGCUCUGCGCCUCCUUUACCUGCUUAUGACCAAGCAUGAGUGGCGUCCGCUCUUUGCCAGAGAGGGUGGCAUCUAUGCUGUGCUGGUUUGCAUGCAGGAAUAUAAGACUUCCAUCUUGGUGCAGCAGGCUGGGCUGGCGGCAUUAAAGAUGCUGGCCAUUGCCAGCUCCUCAGAGGUCCCCACCUUUACUACUGGCCGAGAUUCCACCCAACCUUUGUUUGAUGCCCAGAUGACCAGAGAGAUCUUCGCCAGCAUUGACUCAGCCACACGUCCAGGCUCUGAGAGCUUGCUCCUCAGUGUUCCUGCAGCUGUGAUCCUGAUGCUGAACACGGAGGGGUGCUCUUCUGCGGUGAGAAAUGGCCUGCUCCUGCUCAACCUGCUUUUGUGCAACCACCAUACUCUAGGAGACCAGAUUUUAACACAAGAGCUGAGAGACACCUUGCUUAGGCACUCAGGGAUAGCGCCGGGGACAGAACCCAUGCCUACCACCCGCACCAUCCUCACGAUGCUUCUCAGUCGCUACUCAGAGUCGCCGAGCAGGCCUGAACAUUCAGCACUGGAGACCACAAGCACCCAGGGUCAGGAUGGGUCCCCCGAACUUCUGAUUAGAUCCCUGGUGGGGGGCCCAUCUGCAGAACUCCUUCUGGACUUGGAACGCAUGCUGUGCCGGGAAGGCAGCCCAGGAGGGGCUGUGAAGCCCCUCCUCAAGCGCCUCCAGCAGGAGACCCAGCCCUUCCUCCUGUUGCUGCGGACUCUUGAUGCCCCUGGGCCCAACAAAAUUCUGCUGCUGACGGUGCUCAGGGUCAUGAUCCGACUGCUGGAUUACCCGGAGACAAUGGUUCUCUCCUGGCAUGAGGUCUUGGAGCCUUGCCUCAACUGUCUGAGUGGCCCCAGCAGUGACCCUGAGAUUGUUCAGGAGCUGACUCGCUUCCUGCACCGCCUGGCUUCUAUGCAUAAGGACUAUGCAGUGGUGCUCUGCUGUUUGGGAGCAAAAGAAGUCCUCUCCAAAGUCCUGGACAAGCACUCCACUCAGCUGCAGCUGACUUCCGAGCUUCGGGACCUGGUGACAGAGUGUGAGAAAUAUGCCCAGCUCUAUAGCAACCUCACCUCCAGCAUCCUGGCUGGCUGUAUCCAGAUGGUGCUGGGCCAGAUUGAAGACCACAGACGAACCCACCAGCCCAUCAAUAUUCCCUUCUUUGAUGUGUUCCUGAGGCAUCUCUGCCAGGGCUCCAGUGUGGAAGUGAAGGAGGACAAAUGCUGGGAGAAGGUGGAGGUGUCUUCCAACCCGCACCGGGCCAGCAAGCUGAUGGACCGCAACCCUAAGACAUACUGGGAGUCCAACGGCAGCACUGGCUCCCACUACAUCACCCUGCACAUGCACCGUGGAGUCCUCAUUAGGCAGCUGACUCUCCUGGUAGCCAGCGAAGAUUCAAGUUACAUGCCAGCCAGAGUGGUGGUGUUUGGAGGGGACAGUGCCAGCUGUAUCAGCACGGAGCUCAACACGGUGAACGUGAUGCCUUCUGCCAGCCGAGUGACCCUCCUGGAGAACCUGAACCGCUUCUGGCCCAUCAUCCAGAUCCGCAUAAAGCGCUGCCAGCAGGGUGGCAUUGACACUCGAGUUCGGGGUUUGGAGGUCCUGGGCCCUAAGCCCACUUUCUGGCCACUGUUCCGGGAGCAGCUGUGCCGCCGUACAUGUCUCUUCUACACAAUUCGAGCACAGGCCUGGAGCCGGGACAUAGCAGAGGACCGCAGACGCCUCCUCCAGCUCUGUCCCAGACUGAACAGAGUUUUGCGUCAUGAACAGAAUUUUGCUGAUCGCUUCCUCCCUGAUGAUGAAGCUGCCCAGGCACUGGGCAAGACCUGCUGGGAGGCCCUGGUCAGCCCCCUGGUUCAGAACGUCACCUCUCCUGAUGUGGAAGGUGUAAGCUCCCUGGGAUGGUUGCUGGAUCAGUACUUGGAGCAGAGGGACAAUGCACGGAUCCCCCAGAGUCGGGCAGCGACCUUCGCUUCUCGAGUUCGCCGCCUGUGCCACUUGCUGGUUCAUGUGGAGCUCCCUCCUGGGCCUUCUCCUGAGCCAUCUCCUCGGCCCCUUGGCAAGAACAACAAGGGUCGGGACCGGAGCCCUGGGCCUUCGCCAGUGCUUCCAAGCAGCAGUCUGAGGAACAUCACCCAGUGCUGGCUCAGCGUGGUGCAAGAGCAGGUCAGCAGAUUCCUGGCUGCAGCCUGGAGGGCUCCAGACUUUGUGACUCGUUACUGUAAGCUCUAUGAACACUUGCAGAGGGCAGGCUCAGAGCUGUUUGGGCCCCGGGCAGCCUUCACACUGGCUCUGCGCAGUGGCUUCUCAGGUGCCCUGCUACAGCAGUCUUUCCUCACGGCUGCUCACAUGAGUGAGCAGUUUGCCAGGCACAUUGACCAACAGAUCCAGGGUGGCCUGCUUGGCGGCGCCCCUGGAGUAGAAACCCUGGGCCGGCUUCAGCGGCACCUGGAACCCAUCAUGGUCCUUUCUGGCCUGGAGCUGGCCACCACUUUUGAGCACUUCUAUCAGCACUACAUGGCAGACCGGCUCCUGAGCUUGGGCUCCAGCUGGCUGGAGGGGGCCGUGCUGGAGCAGAUCGGCCUCUGCUUCCCCAACCGCCUCCCCCAACUGAUGCUGCAGAGCCUGAGCACCUCGGAGGAGCUGCAGCGCCAGUUCCACCUCUUCCAGCUCCAGCAGCUUGACAGGGUACUUCUGGAGCAGGAAGAUAAGGAGGGACAGGGACUGCUGGUAGAGGAGGAGGAAGAGGAGGAAGAGGAGGCUGAUGAGAAACAACUAUUUACAGACGAUCUGAAUCCAGUCGUUUCUAUAAUGGUCCUGUCACCACGCUGCUGGCCUGUCUCUCCACUCUGCUACUUGUACCAUCCCAGAAAAUGCCUCCCUCCGGAAUUCUGUGAUGCCCUUGACCGCUUCUCCAGUUUCUACAGCCAGAGUCAGAACCACCCAGUUCUGGACAUGGGGCCACAUCGACGGCUGCAGUGGACGUGGCUGGGCCGGGCGGAGCUGCAGUUUGGGAAGCAGGCGCUGCAUGUGUCCACUGUGCAGAUGUGGCUGCUGCUAAAUUUCAAUCAGACUGAGGAGGUGUCAGUGGAGACCUUGCUAAAGGAUUCCGACCUCUCCCCAGAGCUGCUGCACCAGGCCCUCCUGCCCCUCACCUCUGAGACUGGCCCUUUGACCCUGCAGGAGGCACAGAACUUUCCAUCUGGGGGGGUACUGCGACUUCGUGAGCCUGGGACCCCGUCCAGUGAGGAGGCCCUGUGGCUGAUACCACCCCAGACAUACCUGAAUGUAGAGAAGGAUGAGGGCCGCACCCUGGAGCAGAAGAGGAACCUCUUAAGCUGCCUUCUUGUCCGUAUUCUCAAAGCACAUGGGGAGAAAGGCCUCCACAUUGAUCAGCUGGUUUGUCUGGUGCUGGAAGCCUGGCAGAAGGGUCCAAAUCCCCCUGGGAGCCUGGGUCGCGCUGUUGCUGGGGGCGUGGCCUGUACCAGCACCGAUGUCCUCUCUUGCAUCCUGCACCUCCUGGGCCAGGGCUACGUGGAGCGCCGUGAUGACCGGCCGCAGAUCCUGAUGUAUGCCACUCCAGAGCCCAUGGGGCCCUGCCGGGGCCAGGCAGAUGUCCCCUUCUGUGGCAACAAAAGCACCAAGACCUUCAAGCCUAGCCCAGAAGCUGUGGUGGCCCUUGCAUCUCUGCAGCUGCCUGCAGGCCGCACUAUGAGCCCCCAUGAGGUAGAAGGGUUGAUGGAGCAGACUGUGCGGCAAGUACAAGAGACACUGAAUAUAGAACCAGAUGUGGCACAGCACCUUUUGGCUCAUUCCCACUGGGGUGCCGAACAGUUGCUACAGAGCUACAGUGAUGACCCAGAGCCACUACUGCUGGCAGCCGGGCUGUGUGUGCCCCAGGCCCAGGCCGUGCCCACACGCCCAGACCACUGCCCUGUCUGUGUCAGCCCCCUGGGCCCCGAUGACGACUUGCCCUCCCUCUGCUGCAUGCACUGUUGCUGUAAGUCUUGCUGGAAUGAAUAUCUGACCACUCGGAUCGAGCAGAACCUUGUGCUGAAUUGUACCUGCCCCAUCGCCGACUGCCCCGCCCAGCCCACCGGCGCCUUCAUCCGGGCCAUCGUCUCUUCACCAGAGGUCAUCUCCAAGUACGAGAAGGCCCUGCUGCGAGGCUAUGUGGAAAGCUGCUCCAACCUGACCUGGUGCACCAACCCCCAGGGCUGCGACCGAGUCCUGUGCCGCCAGGGCCUGGGCUGCGGGACCACCUGCUCCAAGUGCGGCUGGGCUUCCUGCUUCAACUGUAGCUUCCCUGAGGCACACUACCCUGCCAGCUGUGGCCACAUGUCCCAGUGGGUCGAUGACGGUGGCUAUUACGAUGGCAUGAGCGUGGAGGCCCAGAGCAAGCACCUGGCCAAGCUCAUCUCCAAACGCUGCCCCAGCUGUCAGGCUCCCAUUGAGAAGAACGAGGGGUGUCUGCACAUGACUUGUGCCAAGUGUAACCAUGGAUUCUGUUGGCGCUGCCUCAAAUCCUGGAAACCCAAUCACAAGGACUACUACAAUUGCUCAGCCAUGGUGAGCAAAGCGGCUCGCCAGGAGAAGCGGUUCCAGGACUAUAAUGAGAGGUGCACUUUCCACCACCAGGCCCGGGAGUUUGCUGUGAACCUUCGGAACCGGGCCUCUGCCAUCCACGAGGUGCCCCCGCCCAGAUCCCUGACCUUCCUCAACGAUGCGUGCCGAGGCCUUGAACAGGCUCGAAAGGUGCUGGCCUAUGCCUGUGUCUACAGCUUCUACAGUCAGGACACAGAGUACAUGGACGUGGUAGAACAGCAGACCGAGAACCUGGAGCUGCACACCAAUGCCCUGCAGAUCCUCCUGGAGGAGACGCUGCUGCGCUGUGGAGACCUGGCGUCCUCCCUGCGCCUCCUGAGGCCCGGCUGCCUGAGCACGGGCCUGGAGCUGCUGCGUCGGAUCCAGGAGAGGCUGCUGGCCAUCCUGCAGCAUUCCACCCAGGACUUCCGGGUCGGUCUCCAGAGCCCAUCAGCCGAUGCCCGGGAGCCAAAGGGAUCCAACGUGCCCAGCAGCCAACCCCAGGGCUCCUCGGGGCUGGAAGCAGAGGAGGAGGAAGAGGAGGAGGAGGAGGAAGAGGACGAGGAUGAUGUGCCUGAGUGGCAGCAGGAGUUUGAUGAGGAGCUGGACAACGACAGCUUCUCCUACGACGAGGAGUCGGAAAACCUGGACAGAGAGACGUUCUUCUUUGGUGACGAGGACGAAGACGAUGAGGGCUAUGACUGAGGGGAGGCGCAGGAGACGCCUGGAGCAGCCCUGCCAGCGUCUCGGGCGGGGGGG